CUUGGACGAAUAUAUAAACUAGCGGGACUCUAGUCGGGUCUUCUUCCUGUUUAAACGAUCACCAAAUGGCGGACGACGCCGGUGGUAGAGGAGGUUUCCGUGGAGGUUUCGGUGCUGGUGGCCGCGGCAGGGGCCGUGGCCGCGGCAGAGGCCGUGGCAGGGGCCGCGGUGCUCGCGGGGGCAAGUCCGAGGACAAGGAGUGGGUUCCCGUCACCAAGCUGGGCCGCCUUGUUAAGGACAUGAAGAUCAAGUCUCUGGAGGAGAUCUAUCUGUACUCUCUGCCUAUCAAGGAGUCUGAAAUCAUCGACUUCUUCCUGGGCUCUGGUCUGAAGGAUGAGGUGCUGAAGAUCAUGCCUGUCCAGAAGCAGACAAGGGCUGGUCAGCGCACCAGGUUCAAGGCUUUUGUUGCCAUUGGCGACUACAACGGUCACGUUGGCCUGGGAGUGAAGUGCUCCAAGGAGGUGGCCACCGCCAUCCGUGGUGCCAUCAUCCUGGCCAAGCUGUCCAUUGUCCCAGUCAGGAGAGGCUACUGGGGUAACAAGAUCGGCAAACCUCACACCGUGCCCUGCAAGGUGACUGGGCGCUGCGGUUCUGUCCUGGUGCGGCUGAUCCCAGCUCCCCGCGGUUCCGGCAUUGUGUCUGCGCCCGUGCCCAAGAAGCUGCUGAUGAUGGCUGGAAUCGACGACUGCUACACCUCUGCCCGAGGCUGCACAGCCACACUCGGCAACUUCGCAAAGGCCACCUUUGAUGCCAUCUCCAAGACCUACAGCUAUCUGACCCCUGACCUCUGGAAGGAGACCGUCUUCACCAAGUCUCCAUACCAGGAGUUCACCGACCAUCUGGCCAAGACUCAGACCAAGGUGUCGGUGCAGAGAGGUCCAGCUGUUCCAGCGGCUUCCUCCUGAACAUUUUGUAAAGUUGAACCAUUGAAAUAAAUGCUGUGGGAACAACAA